AGAGAGAGAGAGGGAGGGAGGGAAGGCAUGGGGUGCGUUCAGUAGCUAGGGAGCGCAUGAGAAGUUCUGUUGUUCGUUUGAUUCAAAGCGUAGGAGGGAACUAGGACAAUCAGCCCCAAACUUCAGAGAAGAUUUAUUUUAUGAUAAAAAAUAUCGGCUAUCGGCAAAACACGAGUCUGGAUCUCAAGGAGUCCAUAAGAACGUAAAGACUGGACUUCACAGCCUUCAUCCCUGAAAUUUCUGUAAUGGUUUUAAAAUGCUCAUUGUGUGACGGGGAAUACACAACUAUGCUUUGAGCAGGAGCGACGAUUCAGGCAAUGACAAUUUUGUCCUAGAGAGCUCUGUGGAAAAUAUUCUACGUCCCUGAAACAAAUGGCAAUGGGUUUUCGGUUUAUACUCACGCUGUACUUUGUCAGCGUGUUCUUGUGUAGGACUAACGCCCAAACGGUACCUGAUACAGUGCUGAACUGUUGCGAGGGAGAUGUCUUGGUCUUGCUGGAUGCGUCUGGAAGCAUUGCAUCCUAUGAGUUUUCCCACAUGGUGAGUUUCCUGGCCGAGCUGCUGCAGCCCUUCUCCCUGGGCCCGGAUGAGGUGCGGUUUUCGCUGCUGCUUGUUGGCACCGAGCCUCGCCUGGAGUUCGGCUUCGAGACCCACCGUACUCAGCAGGCCCUGCAGGCGGCCCUUCGCCAGAUCAAGCAGCUCCGCGGAGACACCAACACGGAGAAGGCUCUGGAGAUGGCCCGUGACAGAGUGCUGCCGCCAGGGGUGCCGGGCGGGACCAGGCCCAACCUGCCCAGGGUUCUGCUGUGGCUGACGGACGGCGUGGACCCGGGUCCGGUGAGGGAGCCGAUGAAGGAGCUGCGCGAUGAGGGUGUGAAAGUGCUCGUGGUCUCCACGGGGCACGGGAACUUCCAGGUGCUACGUCAGGUGGUGUCCCCGCCUGUGGAAGACCACCUGUACUUUGUGGACAUCGAAGACAUUAGCAUCAUCACUGAGGACGUGAGGAAUGCCAUCAUCGAGAUAAUUAGGGCAGAGCGGCUGCAGGUGCGAGAUGUGUCCUCCCGCAGCGCCAGUCUGCACUGGAGGCCCGUUCUGGCAGGCUCGGGCUACUAUGACAUCACGUUUGGCCCCAUUCCAUCUGGAGCAGAGACCAGCCCCGGCGGAGGCCCCGGCACAAGCCCCGGAACCAGCCCCGGCCACUACCAGCGGAUCACCCGGCCCGGGGACGCCACCAACGCCCAGCUCACGGGCCUCAGGCCAGGGACCAAGUACAAGGUCACCCUGAGACCGGAAUCCAACCUGAACAUCCUCAAGACACUCACCACCGACUUCACCACUCAGCCAGAGGUGCUGAGCCCAUCUGUGGUGACGGUCUCGGAGUCCACGGCGAACAGCGUGCGGGUGAGCUGGGGCCCUGUGCAGCCUGACUCCGUGCAGAGCGUCCAGGUGGAGUACUCCGCCCUGCCCACGGGCAAGCUGCAGAUAGCAAAAGUCAACAAGCAGCAGAACUCCACGGUGCUCAGGAACCUGCAGCCGGACACACAGUACCUGGUGACCGUGAGCGCGAAGCACGCGUCCGGCAGCGAGAGAGCCAUGUCCGUCAAAGUCUGCACGCAGGAAGUGUUGCCAGCCCUUGCGGAUUUGCAGCUCACCACAGUGGGAAGUGACUCUGUCCAGGUCCGAUGGAAGGGGGCGGAGGAUGGGCUGCGCGGCUACUGGGUCACAUGGGAGGGAGAUCAAAGCCGGCCGAGUCAGGCGGGGGCCGGCUCCUCCCUGUACUUGCCGCCCACCUCCCUGUCCACCACACUCAAAAACAUGCCGCCCAGUGCCCGCGUCUGCGUGUCACCGGUCUACCGCACUGCCAGGGGAGAGGGUCUGUGCUGUUCCGCCCACUUCAAAGAUGCUUUGACCUGGGGCUACAAGUCAUAGCCCAUGUGCCCCUUGCAGAAGCUAGCCAAUGAGCAUCUUCAAAUGGAUGGGAGGAUAGAGUGGGAGAAGGGAGACCAGACCUCUGAAAUCACUGGAGCACUUAUCACCAAUAGACAGGAGGCCCCUCUGUCUUUUACUCACCCGCACACAUGCCUACACGCACGCCUGCACCCACACACGCACACAGACACACGUUUACAAUCUGCACUCGGUUGCCUUUGACUGAAAACAGACCCUGAAACCUCAGAACUACCACUGGCAUUUACUUUGCGUCACUUCAAACACUCACUAAUAGCACUACUGAAAGGUUCCGACUUUAGUAGCUACAGGUGCUCUUCGAUUUCCUUUACGAAGGGGAAGGGGAAUGUAAAAGAAAAUGAAGUCUUACAGAAUAGAUUGCCCAGAGCCUUUGGAUAAUGUGGUCACAGUUUACUCCCACUUCACUGUUACACACUUUGUAAAGGGAACAAUGAGAAAAACCACGGGCAUCAUGAUUAUAACCUCAUGUUAACAUGGGAGAAGUGUAGCUUUUUAUGAAGGGAUAAAAAAAGCAGGGGCUGCACAUUUCUCCAUCCCCGUGGCUUUUCUGCUCGCCAAAACCUCAGCAGUUAGUGGAAUAUCAGGGAUGGACAGUUGGUUGCCCUAUUUUGAAAAACAGCUUGCAGAUGUUCUUCGUCCAAAGAUGUUACAGAUGUUGUUGUGUAGUAGAGGGCUCGUUCCAUAGUCACCCAGUCAGGAGCUGAGAGCUAAAUCAGUAGUUACUCAUUCAGGCAGUUUUGUGUAUAUAAAAAGCCACUGAUUUUUUCCCCUUGUGAUUAUACAAGUAUGGCCUAGCACGUUUUUCAGCAGAACCACAGGAAGCACUUUCUCAUGUGUUUACAAAGCUCUACUGCCUCCCUGUGGAUUUUGCCAUGAUGUACUUGUUUUACGCCUUUUAAGAGCUAAUAACUAUAGAUGCACAUGCACAUACACAUACGUACUACUGCUAUAUUAGACUGCCAGAAAAUAUGAAGAUAUCUGUAUUGUAGGUUUAUACCAGUUUCUGUACCCGCAAGAGAACAUCUUCUGCAAAAUGCUUCCAAAUGUCUGUUUUGGAGAAAUUGUCUUUGAAUAGUCCAGUCCAGAAUAGUGGCAACUGGGAACAUCGCUACUGGGGAAUAUAUGAUUGCCCACUGGGGACAGGUCACCAGUGAAGAUGGGCUUUUAUUCAUUGUAGGGCUGGCAUAUUCUUUUUGACACACUGUUAUGCAUUAUUGUCCUAAUGCCCAGAUAUUCUUCUUUUUGCUGGUGCUAAUCUAAUGUCAAAGCUAUGUUUAAUACAUAAAUCAUGUAACAUCUCUAGGUCUAUAAAAAAAAACAGUGUUUUUUCCAAAGCAGGUGCUCUCAUCAAAGCAGUUCCACCUUUUGACUUUAUACUUGACUGAUUGUAGCCUUUCUAGUGUGUUUAAAUUGCUUACAUUAAAGAAUAUAAAUGUG